AACAGAGUCGCCCCCUGUUGAAGCCUCGAGAUUUUUUUUUUUUUUUCUUUCUUCUUCCCCUAAACCUCUUUCUCACCCCCGAAACCUCCAUAACUAAUUUGGUAAGGUAGGAGAUAGAGAAACGAUGGAGAUUGUUCCAAAGACUCCCGAAAAACCUAAAUUAUUAUUUACUAAAUAUUAUGUGAGACGAAAAUCCAUUAAGUCGAAAAUCUUUGGUUCUGUAAUUUCUCCACUAGAAAUAGAUCCUCCUCCUCCUCAUAAACAAGAGCUUCAACAAGAUAAUUCACAAAGCACUGACCAAAAAGAGGAGAAGAAGAAGAAUUCAGAUGAAGAGCGUCAAAGAAAGUGUCAUGAGUCAGAUAUUUUUCAAGGUGAUGAUUCACAACAUGUUACUGGAAAAAGAAAGAGAAAUAAUUCAAAAGAGACCCCAAAAAAGAUGAGGUAUCAUAGACCUCGGAUCAUGGAAGAAGGGAAAAAACCAAGGAAUCCCACCACUACUCGACUCAGAACUAUAUCCAAGAAGAAAGGCAAGAAAAAGGACAACAACAAUGCCAGUGAAGAUGAUGAAGUUGUUAUUAUACCCGAGCCUCCAACUCCACAAAAGCAAACUAGAAGUAAAACUGAGAAGACUAAAAGAAAUGUGGCUCGAGCUUUGAAAAAAGACAACAACAACAACAACAACAACGCCAGUGAAGAUGAUGAAGUUAUUAUAGCCGAGCCUCCAACUCCACAAAAGCAGCAAAGUAGAAGUAAAACUGAGAAGAAGCCUAAAAAAAGAAAUGUGGCUCGAAGUUUGAAUUUUAAUCAUCUUAGUUGUCUUGAGCUCGACAGAAUUUGUGGACCAACUUUUCCAAAGGGGAGAAAGAGGAUGACUCCAGCUCGUAGAUCUGAUUUCCACUGUUUGAUAUCUCCCUACUCAUUUCCUCUACCUAUUUGGAAAAAGCAAUCAGUAAGGUCUAACCGUAGGAAAAACGUGGUGAGAUGGUUUAGAAUUGCUUUGUCUCUUGAACUGCAAGAGCAAGAGGAGACCCUACCUUUAGUUGGCAGGCUCUUAUCUCGAGCAGAUGUUUCUUUGCACAUUGAAGACAAGACUAGUUAUGUAGCACCAAAGAUGGAUUAUGCAUUCAAUAACAGAACUAAAGAUAUUGUUGAGCCGUUAAUCCAACAAAGGAAUCAUCAAAAUGAUAAUGACUUUUCACCUAUAUCAGAAGUUCCUUUGCAGAUUAAAGACUCACCCAUGAGACAAGUUAGUUGUGUAGUCCCAAAGAAAAGCAAAAAAAGUACUAAGAACAUCGUUGGGAAAAAAAUCAAACAAAGGAGUUAUCAGAAAGAUCACGGUCUCUCAUCCUUAGCAGAUGUUCCUUUGCACAUUGAAGACACGACUAGUAAUGUAGCAUUAAAGAUGGAUUCUGCAUUCAAUAACAGAACUAAAGAUAUUGUUGAGCCGCUAAUCCAACAAAGAAAUCAUCAAAAAGAUAAUGACGUUUCACCUAUAUCAGAAGUUCCUUUGCAGAUUAAAGACUCACCCAUGAGACAAGUUAGUUGUGUAGUCCCAAAGAAAAGCAAAAAAAUGACUAAGAACAUCGUUAGGAAUUUAAUCCAACAAAUGACUUAUCAGAAAGAUCACGGUCUCCCAUCCUUGGCAGAUGUUCCUUUGCACAUUGAAGACACACUCAUGAGAUCUGCUAGUGAUGUACCCGUAAGACGAGAAAAAACUAAGGAUAUUGCUAAGUUAAUCAAAGAAAUGAGGAGAUUAAAUAUCAACAAAAGGGUAACAACAACGUUGAUCGAAUCUGGCAAAAAACUUGUUACUGCAAAGGUUAAACUUGAUACAGAGACCAUUAAAGAGUGGGAUCGCUUAAUGGUGAAUAAAUCACAUGCUGACAAUCAAACAAAUGCCGGGUGGGAACAAAAAAGGGAGAACUUCAAAGGUCCUAUAGAUCUUUUCAUUAGUCGGAUGCAUCUUCUACAAGGCGAUAGAAAGUUUAAGCAGUGGAAAGGCUCGGUUGUUGACUCAGUGGUUGGAGUUUUCUUGACACAAAAUGUUUCUGACUACCUUUCAAGCAACGCUUUCAUGAGUGUGGCUGCAAAUUUUCCCGCGAAUGCAAGAGAAUGUUUAGAUCCUCUAGCAUACUACAUUGAGGAACCUGAAGAUGUUAAUGACUCAAUUCUUGAUGACCAAGAACCAACUCAUAUAGGAAACGAUGAUGAUGCUAAGAAUUCUCAGUUCAUCACCUUAUCUAAGGAUUCAAUACCAGAGGUAGAAGAACAUGAGAAAACUGCAAAAAGGAAAAACAAAAAAACCGGUAUUAUGGAAGAUGCGACUGUUGAUUGGGAGACUAUUAGAAGGACGUACACAAAAGAAAGAUCUCGACACAAAAUGCAUAUGGACACUGUGAAUUGGAAUGAUGUGAGAUUAUCUGGCGAAAAAGUUUUCGAAGACAUCAUCAGACAACGAGGGCAAUUCCAGAUUCUUUCAGGAAGAAUUUUGAAAUUUCUCAGAGAUGAAGUUAGACAAAAUGGAACUAUUGAUCUUGAAUGGCUCCGAGAUGCUCCACCAGAUCUAGUGAAGAGAUAUCUAUUGGAUAUUGAAGGGAUAGGACUAAAGAGUGCUGAAUGUGUACGACUGUUAGGAAUUAAACAUUCUGCAUUUCCGGUUGACACAAAUGUUGGUCGUAUAGCAGUUAGACUUGGUUGGGUUCCUCUUGAACCUUUACCAGAUGGAAUUCAAAUGCAUCAACUAUCCCAGUACCCUUCAAUGGAUUCGAUUCAACAAUACCUUUGGCCACGACUAUGUAAACUUCCUCAAGAAACUCUAUAUGAACUACAUUAUCAGAUGAUAACAUUUGGAAAGGUUUUCUGCACAAAGGCUCUUCCUAACUGUAAUGCGUGUCCAAUGAAGUCCGAAUGCAAAUAUUUUGCAAGUGCAUAUGUCAGUUCUAAGAAUCUUCUCGAAGGUCCAGCAGAGAAGACGCAUGAUGAGCCUGAUACUUUUAAACAUGCAUGUUCUCAAGAUGUUGACGUUAACAUGACAUCAAAUAUAAAUCUGAUAGAGGAAUGUGCUUCUCCCAGAUGUAGCGAGCAACAUAUAUGUUGUAAGCCAUUGGUUGAGUUUCCUUCUUCUCCAAGACCGGAGAUUCCCGAGUUAGGAGACAUUGAAGAUUUUCCAUGGAGAAAUACUUAUCAGCGAUAUGCUAGAAUUCCUGAAAUUGAUAUUGACUUGGAUGCAUUGAAGAAAAAUGUAGAGGAUGCACUUGUAGAAGGUGGAAAGAUAUUGAGCAGUUCUGUUGAAGAAAUAUCAAAAGCUAUAGUACUUCUCACCCCUGAAAAUGCAUGCAUUCCAAUCAAACCACCCCGAAAAAUUAAGUAUUAUGGUCGACUAAGAACUGAGCAUGUGGUAUAUGUGCUUCCUGACAAUCAUAAGCUUCUCGAUGAUUUUGAGAGAAGAGAACUUGAUGAUCCGAGUCCCUACCUUCUUGCGAUUUGGCAACCAGGUGAAACGUCAAACUCGUUCACUCAACCAAAAAAAAAGUGUGACUCUGACGGAUCAGAAUUAUGCAAGAGAAAGACUUGUUCGUAUUGUUGGAGUAUACGUGAACAAAGCUCUAACACUUUUUGUGGAACAAUUUUGAUUCCAUGUAGAACUGCAAUGCGAGGGGGUUUCCCACUCAAUGGAACAUAUUUCCAAACUAAUGAGGUUUUUGCAGAUCAUGAGACAAGUUUAGAACCCGUUGUGUUUCCUAGAGAGUGGUGUGACGGACUAGAAAAACGUGCCAUGUACUGUGGUUCGUCGGUAUCAUCUAUUUUUCGACUUUUAGACACAAGACGGAUUCAACUUUGCUUUUGGACAGGGUAUUUAUGUAUGAGAGCAUUUGAUCGAAAGGAGCGAAUGCCAAAAGAACUUGUCCGAAGACUACACACUCCACCUGUUGGGAGAGGGGCAAAAUACAUGCAUGACGAUGAUAUAUAAUAGUUUAGUUUGUUUUUCUUUUUAGUCUAGUUUUGCUAACUUUUUAAAUUGAAUGACAAAAGAAGCUUUUAUGAUUAAAAAAAACAAAUGGUUUUUCAUA